AUUGUGAACACAGUGCACUGGACAGAAGCUCCUGGAAGAAAUCUGUGCAGGAUGGUGCUGCACAUCACGAAACAGAACUCCGCCAUGGCGACACUCAAACCUGGGAAAUGUCCUUAAACCACAAGACAGGCUGUAUCAAGAGUACUUAACUUUAAUAAGCAUGACAAAUUCACCUGUGCCGACCUAUUCUCCAGAGAACAAUUAUUUAAUUGAGCCCAUGCGUAAGGGAUAAUCUUAAUUUUAAUGAGAUUCCUUGUGGCUUUAGAGACAGAUAAUUUACUCACUAUGGAUUAGUUUCAGGAACAACACAGUUCACUACUAUUUUACCCUUUGCUACAGUAGUAAAUACACAAAAAGUGGGGGUUAUCUAACAUCACUUCAUGCCAAAAAUCCCGAAGUAUGGCACAGAGCCACUGUCAACAGGGAAGUGUUAGAUUUUAUUACUCCAUCCUAAUCCUCUAAGCCUCCUAAAUCCUCCCGAUCAUGGUCUUGAGAUGCUGGAUGGAUGCAUGAUGGUUAAUCCCUCGUUAGAAAAGGUUAUGCUUUGCCCUCCUGCUAUACUCAUAGCGUCUCGCCAUGGAGGAGCUACUGAUACCUGCAGAUGCCGAAGAGGCACCUCCCGAGCCUGGCAUCUUCUUCUCUCCGGCGGGACCGGCUAAAUCCCCGCUGGAGAGAAUAAAGGACUUCAUGGCAAGCACGUUCUCGGUCAGCGUCAGAGAGUAUGUGAAGGACUACAUCAGGCAAAACGGGCUGCUGACGCUCUCGGUUCUAGCUGUGAUGACAGGAUGUGUCCUGGGCUUCACUCUAAGAGGUCUGGACCUCUCCACACAGGCAAAAAUAUAUUUCUCCUUCCCUGGUGAGCUGCUAAUGAGGAUACUUAAAAUGUUGAUUCUUCCCCUAAUCACCUCCAGUUUAAUGUCUGGACUGUCAUCUAUGGAGUCGAAGGCUUGCUGCAGGAUGGGGGUGCUGACAGUCACUUACUACCUUUGGACCACAUUCAUUGCAGUAGUGGUCGGCAUUGUACUCGUUCUUAUCAUCAAACCUGGCUAUGGGACACAUGCGGAGAACAGUAGAAUGGGGGGUGGACAAGUCAUAACGUCUGCAGAUGCACUGCUGGAUCUGGUCAGGAAUAUGAUCCCCUCCAAUCUCAUUGAAGCCACAUUUCAGCAGUAUAAGACAGACAUUAUUCCAAUCAUAAAAACACCGGUGAACACAGGACGCCCAAAUUUUGUCUACUUGAUGCCUGAUGAAGACAACCCAAAGGGUCGGACGGUGCAGUUGGAACUAACACCACCUCCAGACAUCGAGUAUAAAACCCGUCCAAGCAGCAGUCAGCAGAUGAAUGUACUCGGCAUUGUUAUUUUCUCAGCCACAAUGGGUCUCUUACUUGGUAAAAUGGGUGAACGGGGAGCUCCUCUGGUGAACGUUUGCCAGUGCAUCAAUGAGUGUGUGAUGAAGAUCAUUAAUGCAGCUGUAUGGUAUUUUCCUUUUGGGAUCAUUUUCCUUGUAGCUGGCAAAAUCCUGGACAUGAGUGAUCCCUCCACACUUGGGAAGAAGUUGGGCUGGUAUGGGUUGACGGUCAUGGCAGGCCUGUUUGUGCACGGCCUCAUCUUGCUUCCAUUCUUUUAUUUCAUUCUGACAUGGAAAAAUCCUUUCACAUAUAUCAGAGGGCUUCUGCAAGCCAUGGUCAUCGCCCUCGCCACGUCAUCCAGUUCUGCAACGCUGCCCAUUACAAUGAAAUGUUUGCUGGAGAACUGCCGAGUGGACAGGCAGAUUGCCCGGUUUGUGCUGCCAGUGGGAGCCACCAUUAACAUGGAUGGAACGGCGCUUUAUGAAGCAGUCGCUGCUAUUUUCAUUGCCCAGGUCAAUGACUACGAACUGGAUUUUGGACAGUUGGUCACCAUCAGUAUAACAGCAACCGCUGCCAGCAUAGGAGCCGCUGGAAUCCCUCAGGCAGGCCUUGUAACCAUGGUGAUAGUGCUGUCAUCUGUUGGAUUGCCAGCGGAUGACAUCACGCUGAUUGUGGCCAUUGAUUGGAUCUUAGAUCGCUUUCGAACAAUGAUCAACGUGCUAGGAGACGCUCUGGCAGCUGGAAUCAUCGGCCACUUGUGUCGAAAAGACUUCCCACCUGACAAAGCUGCGAAAGCAAAUGGAGCUGCACAGGACAGCCAGACUGCUCAAAACAUGGAGAAUGUGCCUUUAACUGAAGUACCACUGCUGGGUGGCAAAGACUGUAUAUUGGAGGUGGUCGGGGACACAGUUUUUGAACGACCCACUGUCUACUACAAUAUAUGUCAGGUCUGAGUCACCAGACGGAUGCCUUAUACAUAUCCAAAAACCUCCUUUCUACCACUGUGCCACAGAGAAGUACAGAAAGAACACAUUCUCUGGUUCUUCCAGCUCUGCUUUUUAAAACAGACUAAUUUUGGCUGUUUUGUACAGCUGAAUACAUUUAGGCAGUGUUCCUUUCCCUAUUCAAAGGAAAUGCUUCUAUUCACAAGAACAGCCCCCCAACUUUUUUUAUAUAUAUUUUUAUUCCUCCGCUUUUAUGGCCUCUUUUGCUGAAGGUACAAAAGUUAUUGCAUGCUGGCAUGCAUUCGGCAAUUUUGUCCUUCAGGUUCAGGCUGAUGUUACAGUCAAAACACGAUCCAGAACUGCGAUGACAUCAUUCAACAUCUUGAAGGUGAUUGGGAAGGAAACUGAGUGACAUUUCAAAAUGCACAGUCAAAAGCCAAUUAUCCAGGAUC